UAAAAGAAAGCCACUUGAGUCAUCGUUACAUUUACCCUCUCACUUUCCCUUUUCUCCUCACCUCCAAUUUCAGUUCCCCAGAGGAAGAAUCUUUCGCUUCCAAAGUCCAAAGAUGCACGGCAAAACAGAUUCGGAGGUGACGAGCAUCGCCGCCUCGUCACCAGCCAGAUCUCCACGCCGACCAGUCUACUACGUCCAAUCUCCGUCUCGCGACUCUCACGACGGAGAGAAAACAGCAACCUCCUUCCACUCAACUCCCGUGCUCAGUCCGAUGGGAUCUCCGCCGCACUCUCAAUCCUCCAUGGGCCGCCACUCGCGAGAAUCCUCCUCGACCCGGUUCUCCGGGUCCUUAAAACCCGGGUCGCGGAAAGUCAACGACAGCUCAGCGAAGCGGAAAGGACACAACGGAGAGAAGCAGUUCGCGAUGAUCGAAGAGGAAGGGCUGUUAGACGAUGGAGAGAGAGAUCGUGAUACGCUUCCUCGUCGGUGCUAUGUCUUAGCCUUCGUCGUUGGGUUCUUCGUACUCUUUGGUCUCUUCUCUUUGAUUCUCUACGGUGCUGCUAAACCUCAGAAACCAAAGAUAACCGUCAAGAGUAUAACAUUCGAGACGCUCAAGAUCCAAGCUGGUCAAGAUGCUGGUGGUGUGGGAACCGAUAUGAUCACCAUGAACGCGACUCUUAGAAUGUUGUAUCGAAACCCUGGAACUUUCUUCGGUGUGCAUGUAACUUCAACUCCUGUCGAUCUCAGUUUCUCUCAGAUGAAAAUUGGCUCCGGUUCUAUUAAGAAGUUUUAUCAGUCAAGGAAGAGCGAGAGAACGGUAUUGGUACACGUGAUCGGAGAGAAAAUUCCUUUAUACGGAAGUGGCGCGACAUUGAUACCGCCGGCGCCUCCAGCUCCACUUCCCAAACCUAAAAAGAAGAAGAAAGGAGCUCCGGUUGUUAUUCCUGACCCGCCCGCACCUCCUGCACCGGUUCCUAUGAGACUCAGUUUCGUUGUUCGAUCACGAGCUUACGUGUUGGGGAGGUUAGUGAAGCCCAAGUUCCUCAAGAAGAUCGAGUGUGACAUCAACUUCGAACACAAGAAGCUCAAUAAGCAUAUACCUAUCACCAAGAACUGCACCGUCACUACUGUUUGAAAGAAAGAAUUAAAAAAACAUUUUUAGUGAGGAAAAAAAGAUGUCGUAUAAGGGUAACGUGAUUACAGCUCUACGGUCAGUAUUUUGGGUUGUCUGGGCAGCGCGUGGACGGGUAACGAAUAAAAAACUGUCGGUGGCUUUAGUUUACUUGAGUGGUUAGUUUUGGAUGGUUACUUAUUUUAUUUUUAUCUGUGAAAAAAAAAUUAAAAUUGUGUGGAGAAUAUAUUAAUUCAUUUGUUUCCUUUUACUU